AUGAUUUGGGUUGCUUCUCUGUUCGUGGUGUUGCCAUUUGUGUCUGCGCAAUCACCAGUCUACGGCCAAUGCGGUGGAAUUGGAUGGACCGGAGCCACUACUUGUGCUUCCGGGUCGUGCUGCACCUACUCCAAUCCUUACUAUUCCCAGUGUGUUCCUUGUACUGGUGGAGGAACUACGACCACUACCACAUCGAGCAAGUCUACGACUACCACCACAUCUAGCAACUCACAAUCAACCACUUGCAGUCUCCCGUCGAAGUACACUUGGUCAUCGACCGGACCGCUGGCAAACCCAAAAUCUGGGUAUGUCGCUCUCAAAGAUUUCAGCCACGUUCCGUACAAUGGUCAGCACCUUGUAUACUCUUCAGAUGUCAAUUCUGCAGGCAACUACGGCUCCAUGAAUUUUGCCCUCUUCACAGAUUGGUCUGCCAUGACCUCAGCGAGCCAGAAUCAAAUGGGUACGGGAGCUGUUGCACCCAACCUGUUCUACUUCACUCCAAAAGGUAUCUGGGUGCUCGCCUAUGAAUGGUGUGCCAGUCCUUUCUGUUACAUGACCUCCAGCGAUCCCACCAACGCAAAUGGAUGGUCAUCGCCGCAGCCCCUCUUUACGGGCUCCAUCAGCUCCUCUAGCACCGGCCCUAUUGACCCCGCACUUAUCGCCGAUGACACUACCAUGUAUCUAUUCUUUGGAGGAGACAACGGCAACAUCUACCGGUCUUCUAUGCCGAAAAGCAACUUCCCGGGCAGCUUUGGCUCAUCAUCAACGGUUGUCUUGAGCGACUCGGUUAACAACCUCUUUGAAGCCGUUCAGGUCUAUAGUGUUAAGGGCCAAAACCAAUAUCUCAUGAUCGUCGAGGCAAUCGGAGCCAACGGGAGGUACUUCCGCUCAUUCACGGCAACUAGUCUGGGCGGAACGUGGACACCGCAGGCCACAAGCGAGUCCGCACCCUUCGCCGGCAAGGCCAACAGCGGCGCUACCUGGACAGACGACAUCAGUAGCGGCGAUCUGAUUCGGAGCAGUGCCGACGAAACUAUGCCUAUUGAUCCGUGCAACCUGCAGUUUCUCUACCAGGGGCGAGCCACUGGCUCUAGCGGCUCCUAUAAUCUCCUACCAUACCGUCCUGGUCUACUGACACUGCAGAAAUAA